CAGCCAGUCAGUUUGUAUCUUUAGGACCCGGCGGAGCGCUCAUAUGCAACUGGACACUGGCUCCGUUUAAGUGGGAGAUCUCUUAUCUUCUCUCUCCUCCGUCCACAACUCGGCGGAGCUGAGUAUCCAAAACGUCCCCACGAGUUGCUCCGCCGGGUGCGUUUAUAAUACGCGCCGAUGGACCUCAGUGAGUCUGAGACCCCCUUGACGGCCACUCGAAGUACAUUUGCCGCGUGCGCCAUUCCGGUGAAUGCUGCGCCAAAGCUUGGCGCUGCGUAAAGUCAAGGACAGCGCGCGCGUGUGUGGACGGACACACACACACACACACACACACGCACACACACACCAGACGGACGGACACACGGCGGGACGUUUGCGUGAGCCUGAAUUUGAAAUGCUGCUUUAGAGGGAAAAAAAGGCCAAAAGUUUCGAGGAAAAGUUGUGGAGUGUGGAGCGAACCUCGCGCUCUCCGUGCGAAUGCGCGCGUUCUGCGCACAGGCUCCCCUCGCUUUGGCUGAUACAUCUGCUGGGAAAUCAGCAAAGGGAAUCGGAGAGAGAGAAGAGUCGGUCGGAGGUGGACAGCUCGUUCUGCAGCCAGGUUCGGUAGAUAACUUGUUGAAUGAGCAGUUCGUCCCGGGAGCACAUCCAAACGAUGCGGCUUGCGGAAAAAAGAGGAGCAGAGAAGGAGAUCGAGCUAAGACACCUGACAGCCACUGACUUAUGAGGAGUGUCACUCCUCUCCUCUCAUCUCUUUUGGCCGUUAGUUGACCCUCUCAUCAGCGCUCAGCACUUGCGAAGAAGCUCACUUGUUGACACACCUCAUCAGCCGGGGCAGAAGAAGUGGCAGCAAUCAAAGACAGAAUAACCGAGUGGGGGCUAAUCGCUGCCCGAAGCCGCUGACUCAAACGCAGCAACAUGCUGCCACAGUUCCCAAAUCCUCCGCUGCGCCGCUCAAAUUUAAUUUAGACGAAUUCUCGGUGAGACUGUUGUCUCUGCGACGGAGCGGCAGCUGCAAAGAGACACAAGAAAGGGAGAAGAAUUCUACAGAAACCCUACAGAACGAGAUCAGCGAUGCUUUGGCCAGUUUUCUUCACCCUGCAAGCUGUCUGCACCAGCGUGGCACACACCAUGCAACAUUACCCGGCGGCCUGGGGCCACUAUGACGUGUGCAAGUCCCAGAUCUAUACAGAGGAGGGCCUGGCAUGGGACUACAUGGCCUGUCAGCCGGAAGCCACCGACAUGACAAAGUACCUGCGAGUGGCCCUCGACCCCCCAAAUGUCACGUGUGGAGAUCCACCAGAAACGUACUGCGCUUUGGAAAACCCUUACAUGUGCAACAAUGAGUGUGACGCCACCACCGAGGAGCUGGCUCAUCCGCCUGAGUUGAUGUUUGACUUUGAGGGUCGCAACCCCACGACCUUUUGGCAGUCCACCUCGUGGAAGAAGUACCCAAAGCCCCUGCAGGUCAACAUCACACUGUCAUGGAACAAGACCGUUGAGCUGACCGAUGACAUCGUGCUGACCUUUGAGUCAGGCCGGCCAGAGCAGAUGGUGCUGGAGAAGUCGCUCGACUACGGCCGGACCUGGACCCCGUACCAGUUCUAUGCCACCGACUGCCUGGACGCGUUCACCAUGGAACCCAAGACGGUGGGCGAUCUCACCCAGCGCACCCUGCUGGAUAUCAUCUGCACCGAGGACUACUCCAGGGGCUACGUGUGGAAGAACGACAAGACGGUGCGCUUCGAGAUAAAGGACCGCUUUGCCCUGUUUGCCGGGCCUCGACUGCACAACAUGGCCUCUCUGUACGGCCAGCUGGAUACCACCAAGAACCUGAGGGACUUCUUCACCAUCACUGAUCUGAGGAUUAAGCUGCUGAAGCCGGCCACUGGGGCCACCAUGGUGGACGAGAACAACCUGUCCAGAUAUUUCUAUGCGAUCUCUGACAUCAAGGUGCAGGGCAGAUGCAAGUGCAACCUGCACGCCAACAGCUGUGUGUUCGACAAAGGGAAGCUGGGCUGCGAGUGUGAACACAACACCACGGGGCCAGACUGCAGCCGCUGCAAGAGGCAUUACCACGGAAGAGCCUGGAGUGUGGGCUCCUACCUCCCUAUACCCAAAGGAACCGCAAAUAUAUGUAUUCCCAGCAAUCAUGGACCAGUGCAUCGAGCAAAUGCCUCAUCUCUUGGUGUUGCAAAUCGUAACCAAGCCCGAGUGUGUGACAACGCAAUGCUGCGCUGCCAGAACGGCGGCACGUGCCACCACCAUCAGCGGUGCCACUGUUCCCCCGGCUUCACGGGCGUCCUGUGCGAGCGAGCCCGCUGCCAGGGCCCGGGGGAGUGCGAUGACCAAUUGUCUGGACGGGCCACGUUCCAUCAUCCACUGAUCGGCUGCCACCUCGCUCUCACCGUCAUACUGCUCCCGCUCGUGGUUGUGCCCCUUUGCUGAGGGACCCGGGGGACCUCCCAUCCUCAACCCAACCCCCGAAGACCACACACGAUGAGACUGAACUCUCAACCCUAAGGACAUAGAGGACAAAAGGACAUGUGAACAAUAUGCUCAGCAUAAGCAACUCUUUUGUGCAUCCAGGGCCGCGGUUGUGGAGUGACAGCGUCGAUGCACUGAGCUGCUAUAAGGAAGGAUGGAGGGAUUUAUGAAGGCCUGGGCGGAGUCACUGCUGUCUUUUACUGUCACAAAGGAAACGGUUGGAGCCCCCACUUUGUGAUUAUGUCCUCGGCCGAUAAUUUGAUUGAAGGCGGACUGGAGACUCCGAUGUAGGCCGCACUCUGAGAGCAAACUGUACAAAACUAGACACGUGAUUUCUAAGUAUCAUCUGAGGUUAUUAAAAAUGAAUGCUGUGGCCGGGGACAUCUUAAAACAUCCCGCCUCGCUGCCUCCUUCCUUACGUGUGACCUUCUUCUUCUUCUUCUGCUUCUUCUUCUUCUGCUUCUCUCCUUUCUCCCUUCCCCUCACUCGUCCCUUCCCUCCCCGGCUCCCUCACCUCCUCCCUCCUGUGCUUUGGUGACUCUGGUGAUUUUUCUUUGCUGAAGGGUGUCUGUUGUUCUUCGCCAAAUGCUGCACAUGUAUUACUAUCAAGCCCCUUGACAUGUACCAAUGUAGUGCUCUUUUUCUUUUUUCUUUCUCUGAAGCCUUGUAGUCAUGCUUGAGCUCACCUGUACGGGGGUAAAAAAAGAAAAAAAAAAGAGAAAAAAAAAUUGUAACAUACUGUAACUGUAUUUAAUUUUUGUAUAAAAACAGAUAUUUUCAUGACUACGCAAAGUGAAAAGAUGUAUUACUUGUUUUCUAUUGCUGCCGACCUGUCCUAGAUGUGGACUGUGAGUGCGUUGAGGAGUUUUGGUUGUAUCAUUUUUUUUUUUUUUUGUUCCGCUUGUGUGGCACAUAUGGCUCUCUUCGUGUGGGUGCUGCUGUCAAAACUAUGUUUACACACACACUUACACAAUACACUUCCACCAAAGGGAAAAAGAAACACAUGCCUUUGUCUUUGUUGUUGAACGGUAGUAACUUCAUCAUGUGGUAACAGGACAUUUGGGACGAGACGUGUCCAGUGAAACGCUGUCGUUGUUUGCAGAUAGGUAAGAGCCAAUGGCAAUAGCUGAAUGUCAUUUUAAAGGAUUUUUUCGAAAGCAAUCGAUUGCCAGUCUGUUGACCAACUCACUGCGGCAACAAUUGCUGGUAGCAAAUACCUUUCGGGUUCUAUGACUAAGGUUGUUUUUUGUGCUCAUGGAUUGUGGGGGAAUCGGAAGAAUCUCGAGCCCAAAUCCCAUUAGCUUUAUUUAAAUUUAACAAGAAGACGCGGGGGAGCGGGGGGGGGGGGGGGGCGGAUUGCGCAGCUGUCUCAGAGGUUGUCCAGCUCAAAUCUGCAAUCAGAUCUAAUCCCAGAAUCAAAUGGGAAGAGGGGAAGGUUUCUCUGAGCUGGCGAGGUCCAAAGCCUGCGUCCUGCUGCGGCAGCCUUCCGCCGGGCGACGCGCUCGGAAAAUGAGCUUCAAUUCACGGAGGAUCGAUGAUUAGAAAUGAAGUCGCAUCCCACUGGGUGACAUAUUGAGCACCGAGACCAAUUUCAUUUGAGAGAUUAAUCUUCCUCCCGCGGUUGUCGUGAAACUCCUGAUUGUGUUAGAGUCUACUGUAAGUGCCUCUCGUUUGAACGACACUGUCAGUGAAAAGAGUGGCGGACGCCUUUUUUCGAGAGAGAGACUCUCUCUCGCCUUGGAAAGCGACUUUUCGCCGAGUGAGAGGAGGCGGGCGGACUCGCUGCAAAUUAACAAGAUAGGAAUGGAUGUUAUUUGUUCGGCAAUUAAUCCUCUUGCAGGGACAGAAACAAAGGCCUGUGGUCAGCAUAAAUCUGGAGGAGAAAAAAAAACCGAGACGCAGCUAUAUUAGUGUCCAUUAAUUUCAGUUAGAGAAUAAAUUACAACAUCAGUUAAUCCUAGAAAAACUGACUAGAACAGCAGAUCUGUCAACUACGGAUUUCACAUGUUGAGGUUUUGUGCAUUGGGCAUCUGUGAAGAACGGUAAUUUAAGUUUGGAGAGGUUUUCUCUGUAAUAGCCUUAGAAAAAAAACAAAAGAAUUUGCGCAUGUAAGUAAAAUGAAUCAAUUAAUACUGUGUUUAAUCUGUUCUAACAUAACCAACCACAGCAUGUCCAGCUAACCGAGGGUGUUUCUCUCAAGGCCAAGGAACAUUACACACUUGGAAGCGUUACAAGUUUUAUAAAAUAAAAUAAAAAACCUCAGUACGCGUAAGCACAUUCAUUGGAACAUUGCACAUUGCCCGACUGUGUAAAGCCGAUCCCGGUUGCUAUCAGGAGUUUGGGGUCAUGUUGGAAUGCGCAGCUCUCUCCGUUCCAUUAGUGGACAUUUACACGCCAGCAACCUGUGCAGGUAUUCGAGAUGGCACCAAAAACAAUCCGUAUUCGUUCGGUCACAUUUAAAGUAAAAACUUCCUGUUUGAAAAUUACAAACAAUAAAUCUUUUGAUCUCUU